AUGUCGGACGAAAUCCCCGAUUGGCUAUUUUUGCUGGACACCGACUAUGAUUAUACCGAGCCGCCGUUCAACACUAGGAGAACCGCACGAGAGGUUCAGAUAUUCCUGAAAGUUCUGCGCCAGAUGGACGUGUUCUGGCUAAAUCUUCGUCGUCAUGGCCCCUAUAUGCUUCGCUUCAUGUGUCCCUAUUGUGGUCUUCCUUUCAGCACACAUGAAAGAAAACCACCCAGCCGCCGACAAGGCUAA